GUGCGUGCAGCUUUCAAGUCGCCAUUUUGAGUAAAAGCGUGUACGAGUGGAAGACGAUCAAAAAUGAAUCAAACAAACCAAAUGCCUGGUAAUAAGAAUGGGGCAAGUGGUCCUCCCAUUGACAACGAUCUUUUGGAAGUUCUUAAGUUGGAGAGAGAGAGCAUUGGUGACACAACAUUUCCGAACGCGGCUCGUCUGCUAGACAAAGAAAUUGAGCAAGUUAGCAGAGGGAAGCUCUCAGACUUCUUAGAUGUUACUUCUGACUCUAAGAAGUGCAAACUGAACUCAAAAGUAUACAUUCCACACAAAGAAUUCCCAAAGUUUAACUUUGUUGGGAAGCUUUUGGGACCUAAAGGAUUGUCUCUAAAAAGACUUCAGGAAGACACGGGUACAAAAAUGUCAAUCCUUGGAAAAGGUUCAAUGAGAGACAAAAAUAAGGAGGAAGAGUGUCGGAAAGAGGGUGGCAAGUACGCACAUUUGAAUGAAGAACUCCAUGUGCUGGUGGAGGUGUUUGCUCCUCCUGCAGAAGCUUACUCUAGACUGUCACAUGCUAUGGCUGAACUAAGGAAGUACUUAACCCCAGAAUACAAUGAUGAGAUCCGACAGGAACAGUUCCAGGAGCUGAUGAACUUGGGUGACCCAGGCAGUGCCGGGGCUCCAAGAGGAAGAGGAGGAAGAGGACGUGGCAUGCCUGGUGGACCAGCCCCCAGAGGAAGAGGGGCUAUGGGUGGGGGUCCAAUGGGAAGGGGAAGUGCAUUGGGGCGUGGUGGUAUACCUGCUGGACGUGGGGCAUCACGAGGGGGAUUGUUGUCUGGGCGUGGUGCGAUGGGUGGGGGUAUGGUGCCUCCACCAGCACCUACACCAUUAGUUGGAAGAGGAGCCCUUGCUAGAGAGCCAGACUAUGAUGAUGGUUAUGGUGCUGGUUAUGAUGAUGCCUAUGGAGAAAGCAGCUACAGUGCAGGGGGAAGAGAUGCUUAUGAGGAGGAUUACUCUGCAGGAGGUGCAAGUGACACACAGUACUUUGAUUAUGGACAUGGGUCUACCGCAACAAGGGACAGAUAUGAUGAUGCAGGAUAUGGUGAUUCGUGGGGAUCUGGAAGCCUAGGAGGUGGUCGUGGUAGUGGUAGCACAUACAAAGCUCCAACAAGUCUUAGAGCAGCACCAAGGCAACACCCAUAUGGGCGGGGUUACUAAAGCUGGCAGCCCAUGUUUGGCACCUGCCUGUGGACCUGUGUCUGCUAUUGAAGACUACCUAGGAAGCUAUGUUGGCAAUGGCACAUCAGAGGUAGCCUAGUCCACACACACAAUUGGCAGUCAAAAAUAGUAUAUAAUAAUAUGUAACAAUGGUCACACCUUAAACUCCAAUUAGACUGAAAAAAAUAAUAGUCCUGAAGAACACUCAUAACUUCAAUUUGAAAAACUGAUGUGUGCACAGAAAAACUGCCCAUGAUGUCUUUAGUUUUAAAACUUGAACAGUAUAAUCAAAUAUCUUGUAAAAAAAAAACUUUCAAGUAAUGGCCUUUUAUCAUCAUUAUCAGCAUGGCCAGGGUUGAGCCUUUUAACAUAUGGUGUGACUUUCUAGGAAAUCCUAGUUUAUUUUUAUGUAAAUGUAUUUUCGUAGCUUUGUAAAAAAGAAAAAUAAGCUCUUUUUUGCUGAAAAAUAUGAGUAGAUUGAAGUAUCAUAUGAAAAAUCAGAAUGAGUAAUGUAUGUUGGGAUGUUUUCAAGAAAGUGAAUACAAUUAAUGAAUAUCCAUUUGUAUAUAAGCCAGUUGCACUCAAACUUGUAAAAUGUUUUCCAUUGAAAUAUAGCAAUUAGAAAUUUAUAAAGCAAAAUAUAUAUGAUGCAAAGCAGUUGAUCAGUAGACGUUCUGUCAGCUGCAUUAUAUUAAUCGCCAGGUUUACAGUGUUGCCACAAAGCUGCAUAAAAAAAAAGAAAUUAAUGAUUUAAUGUCAUUUUUUAAAUAACCAUGCAUCAAAUAACAUUUUUUAAAUGAGUUAAUGAGGUCCGUCUUUGUUUUACCAGACCCUAGCAUGUGCAAAGGGGCUUGAUUUUAAUGUAAAUGCACCUGAUUGCAGUACUUUGAUAUCUGUUUGUACAAAAAAUAUAUUUGUCCUCAUGGUCGUUUAAAAUUAAGGUGUAAAAUCAAACGUGGCAACACUGAUAAAUGCUAGGCUAGUGUUUAUGUAAUAUGCUUCGAUUAAAUGUGUACAAAUAAACAAAAACCUAAUUA